AUGCGCCUUACGACGCUGCUUCUUGCAGCUUCAUCCCUCGUCGGCGCAGUAUUCAUCGAUGAGGUUGGCGACAUUGAUUACCACCACGAACUCCUCGGCGUCCCCCAGGUCGAAACCACCCUCUUUCACAAGCCCCGGCGCGACGAUAAGGCUUCUCUGCUCUACACCCUCAGCGAUGUUGGCGUGCUUGGGGCCGUGAACCCCAGCAAUGGUGCAGUUGUUUGGCGCCAGUUCCUAACGGGAGAUACCACGUAUGGCGGUGGACACUUGCGGGCUGCUGAGGGCGAGGAUUGGGUUGUGUCAGCGUACGGCAACUCUGUGCACGCCUGGAAUGCCUUAUCGGGAAAGAACGCUUGGUGGAUCGACUUCGCCGGCGAGAUCCGGGAUCUUGAGGUGAUGGAGCUGACGGAGAACGGUCGCAAGGACGUUCUGGCGCUCUUCGAAGAGGAGGACGGUACUACGGUUUUGAGAAGACUCAAUGGCGGCGACGGCAGCGUGGUUUGGGAAUUCAAGGAUGCGAGCAAUACCAGCCCACUCCAAGUCUCGAACAACAUCGAGAAGAUCUUCGUGGUCAGCCUAUACGGUACCGACGGCAUGUGGGCUGUGCGGGUGUCGGUCCACGACACUCUCACUGGCAAGCGCAUCGACGACAUCAGCCUCGGUAGCAAGGGCGACGUUACAGACAAGAAGGAUGUCAUGUUUGUGGGUGCCAACUCGGCAUCUCCCAUUGUCGCCUGGCUCGACAGCGACCAUACGAAGCUGAAGGUCAAUGUUUUGGGCACAAAGUCAAAGCAGGAAUUUGCUUUGCCUUUCCCUAAGACGCUGGACGUUGCUGUCCAUGCCCCGCACCACCUCAACGCGGAGCCGCACUUCCUGGUCCACAGCAGAUCUGGUGACAGCCACAAGGGCGAGGUUUACCACGUCAAUAUCAAGAACAAUGCAGUCACCAAGCACCAUGAGCUGCCAGUCCUUCCGGGCCUGGGCGCUUUCUCGACUAGCUCGGAUGGCGCCAACGUCUGGUUCACUCGCAUUACGCAGGAGGAAAUUAUCCUGACGUCCUCGAGUUCCCAUGCCGUCCUUGGAAAGUGGGCAUUCACGGAAGGCUCGGAAAGCAUUACUGCUUUCCACGCGGUUUCGGAAGUCAUCAAGAAGGCUGCUGAUAACUUUGCUGUUCGCUGCGCCGCCGUUACCACCUUGGACGACUGGGUAUUGGUCCGCAACGGAGAACAGGCCUGGAUUCGUCCCGAAGGUCUCACUGGGGGUGUAGCUGCUGCGUUCGCUGAGAUCCCCGAGAGCGAGGAUCUAGCCAAGACCCUUGAGGCUGAGGCCCACGACAACGCUUUAUCCGCCUACAUCCACCGUGUUAAGCGUCACUUUGAUGACCUCGCUUACUUGCCGGACUACCUCGCCUCAAUUCCCCAACGCCUUGUUAGUAGCAUCACCGGAGCCGAGCUUUCCUCCAAGACUGAAGGCCUCGUACGUGACGCUUUCGGCUUCAACAAGAUUGCCGUCUUGGUCACCCGACGCGGCAAGCUUUUUGGUAUCGACAUUGGCAAGCACGGAAAAGUCAUUUGGAAGCUCCACGCUGCCCAGAUCCCUUCAUGGGAUGCUUGGGACGUCCAGGGAAUCUUUGUUGAGGAUGCAAAGUCUCAAGUUACUGUACGCGGCUACUUCGGAGAGUACGUGGUUGCCAAAACCGACACUGGAAAGAUGGUCGAUUCCAUGCCCCAAGGCUCUUGGGUCCAAACACAAUCUGCUGUCGUCGUCGAUAGCGCAUCUGGCCAGUGGCUUGCGCCUGUUGGCUACGGGGGCGCUAUUGGAGAUGUUCCUGCUGAAUGGGCGCCGACACAGACCGUUGUCGUCCGCGGCCUGAAGGGCGAACUCAAGGGCCUGACCUUCAUCAUCGAGGAUGGCACCGGAAAGGAGCAGGUUGCUUGGGAGUUUGCCCCCCCUACUGGCUACGAAAUUGUCAACGUGGCAACGCGGCGUACUCACGACCCUAUUGCUUCCAUUGGACGCGUUCUCGGUGACAGAAGGGUCAAGUAUAAGUACUUGAACCCCAACACCAUUGUUGCCUCUGCGUACAAUGCCGCUAAAUCGACUCUCAACGUCUACCUUAUUGACUCGGUUUCGGGCCUGGUUCUUCACACAGCGACUCAUGAGGGAGUGGAUGGCAGCAAGAACAUCGAGUGCACUCUGGCGGAGAACUGGUUCGUAUGCACGUUCUUUGGUGAGUACGCCCUCAAGGAUGAUGCUGGCCAGCCUCUUUCCGGCCAAUCUCUCAAGGGUAACCAAAUUGUUGUCUCCGAUCUGUACGAGAGCGACUACGCCGAUGACCGAGGGCCGCUGGGUGAUGCUGCGAACUUCUCUUCCACCCAGCCCGUCGAUACUCCCACUGGUGCCCCUCUCCCUUCGGUUAUCAGCCAAGCUUGGAUCCUCUCUGCUCCUCUGGCUGCUUUGGCCGUCACUCAGACUCGCCAGGGUAUCACCAGCCGUCACGUCCUCGGCUAUCUGCCUCAGUCCCAUGCUAUUGUCGGACUUCCGCGCCAGCUCCUCGAGCCGCGCCGACCUGUGGGACGUGACCCGACUCCCGCCGAAAUGGAGGCGGAAGGCUUGAUCAAGUACCACCCUGCCCUGGAGAUCGACCCCCGACAGAUCAUCACCCACCAGCGCGACGUCAUUGGCAUCAAGAAGAUCAUCACCUCGCCUACCAUUGUGGAGAGCACCAGCUUGGUCUUCGCGUACGGUGUCGAUGUGUUUGGCAGCCGUGUGGCCCCCAGCUUUACUUUCGAUAUCCUUGGCAGAGGCUUCAACAAGAUCAGCCUGAUUUCGACCGUCCUUGCACUCACUGUCGGUGUUGCGGUGCUAGGACCCAUCGUAAGUACCGUUUUCUCGAAGAGAGCAGUUUUUUACUAA